AUGCAGUUCUCUAUCUCCACCCUCGCUCUUGCUAUGGCUUGCAUCUCCAAGUUUGGACAGGCAGCUUCUAUCCCCGUUGGGGCUGAAGUUGAGGCCCGCGAACUUGAUAAACGCGCGAGGUACACGCACUGCGCGUGCCAGUACUCCUCUCAAUCUGGCAUAGAUAAUUACACUACUACGCGUGUCGUUAGCUAUAAUGGGCACAGGUGGAAAAUGGAUAUCCGAGAGACUCCACGCGGCGAGUAUGGCGCUCGCUUUACUGGGUAUUAUGCCUACGCAACAUCUGGCUUUGUUGAUGGAAAAGCCUUCUGGAAUGAGUGUAAGCAGAAUGGUGCUGCCGACUCGACCUGCUUUGGUAGGCAGUAGGGUUAUAGCAGCACUUGUCUAUAUUCUGAGUACAUUUCUGUGUAGCCGUAACUUCUAAACACUCUUUUAAAUACAUUGUAUUUCUUCUUUACUUAGAGAG